GCAAAACUCACAUCUAAAGUCGAUUUUUUUUAUCUUGAGAUUUUGUUCCCCCUUCUUUUCAAUUGGAAAUUCGAAGGGCUGAAACGGUACCUUUUUUAAGGUAUCGAGCAGCAAAGACAAAAUGAAGAUCUGGCUUUUUUUAAAUCUGGUGUUUGCGAUCGGAUCUGGUCUUCUGGAAGAGGAAUUCGAUUCAACUCCAAAAGAUGCAGCAAAAAGGACAUCAAAAUCUUUAGAUAUUCCACACAUCCCGCCGGGAGGGAAGAAAUCUGACUGGACAGUGCAACCCGUGAAGAUCAUAAUAAGAGACAAACCGGAAGUCGUCCACGUUCCGCAUCCUUAUCCGGUUAAACAAUUUGUGCCAGUACCUAAAAUAAUACCAGUAUUGAAGAAAGUCCCUAUUUUAAAGCCCCUACCUGUUCCUUUUUUUGUACCAAAAAUAAAAAUAAUACCGAAAAAAGUGCUCAUACCCAAGCCUUUCAAAAUCGUCAAGAAAAUACCAAUUCCUAAACCAUAUUUCUAUAAAAAGCACAUUCCUAUUCCCAAACCUAUGGCUGUCCCCAAACCUUUUCCGGUACCUAUUCCAAAAUUUUAUAAGAAGAAAGUGCUUGUACCAGUACCAAAAAAAGUAUUAGUACCAAAGUUUAAAGUUAUGCCUAUCCCUGUGCCAAAGUUUGUAAAACAGCCUAUUCAUAUAAUCACUAAGCUUGUGCCGAAGAAAAUUCCUGUUCCAACAAUUGUCAAAAUACCUGUCAUAGUGAAAAAGCCGAAAAUCGUGCCAUAUUUGAAACCCGUGUUUAUAAAGAAACCUGUUCCUGUACCAUUCUUUAUAAAAAAGAUAAAACCGAUCCCGAAACUAGUUCCGAUACCGAAAAUCGUUAAAAUUCCCAAAUAUAUACCUAUACCGAAGCCGUACUGGAAGCCCAAGCCAGUAAAAGUAUUAAAGCCUUAUUUCGUGAAAAAGCCUUUUCCGGUACCAGUACCGAAACCAUACAUGAAAAAGAAACUAGUUCCAGUUCCUAAGCCACUGCCAGUACCUUUCUUCAAGCCUUUCCCGAAGCCUAUUCCUAAAUUUGUGAAACAGCCUAUACAUAUUAUAAUUAAGGAAAAACCCAAAUAUAUCCCAGUUCCAACUUUUGUUCCAGUUCCAACCAUUGUAAAAAAGCCUAAAAUGAUUCCAGUUCUUAAACCAUUCGCAGUGCCAAAGAAAGUUCCUGUUCCAUACAUAGUGAAGAAGGUAAAACUUGUUCCCAAGAUUGUGCCUUAUAAGAAAUUUGUGAAAAUCCCGAAGAAAAUUCCUAUUCUCAAGCCAUAUAUGGUUCCCAAGUUUGUUAAAGUUCCGAAACCUUACUUUGUCAAGAAGCCUGUACCGGUGCCAGUACCAAAAUUUAUGCCUUUCAAAGUUCCGUUUCCAGUGAAGAAGCCAUUUUUCGUACCAGUUUUGAAAGGAAUACCAGCCCCUAUCCCCAAGCCUAUUAAAGUUCCUAUUGAAAUCAUCAUGGAGAAAGCCAUUGUGAAAAAACAUCCUGCUCCAGCCAAGUUGAUUGGAAAAGAUGUCGUAUACGACGACGAUGUCAAAGAAAAGUCCUUGGACAUGGUGGACAAGGACUUUCAAGUGGAUGAAGAGGCAAUAGAGGCAAUGCUGUUGGAGGAUGAAUAAACGUAAAGCUCUUUGCAUCCAUCUGUACUAUACGUUUUACGAAUUUUUACUGUGAUGCUGAGCAUUGUUUUAAAGAACAUUCGAAGUUUUGUAUAGUAAAUGUGAAUAAAUUAUCU